AUGGGCCGCGGCUGCCCCCUUGACAUCUACCUCGAUGACAAGACACCAACCCGAGGCACCGAAAUCAACCUCAUCAACAACGCAGAUUACGAGAUUCUUAUUGGCGGAAUCGAACUCAAACAGGAGGAUAUGUUUUCAUUAGAUCCAAGCAGCACGCGAACGAUUCCAACGAGGCGUUGGCCCCAACAGCUGCAACUUUCAGGGGGCGGCGGUAGGGGGACUUACAUCAUCGCCCUUCACCCCUCCUUUCCUCGUGGAACAUCGUUGAUGUUGUUGGUGAACGUUUAUGUGUUUUUGGAAGGGCGCUACACUCCGUUUUCUGCGCGAUUCACUGUAUGA